UGAAAUCAUAAUUACAAAACACAGAAGAAUCAAAGGCUUAUUCUGCAUUUGCCUUCCUUCUCAGAGAACAACGAACAAUUACGUAACUGACCAUCAAUCAUCAUCUUUCAAUCCAAUCUCAUACCUUUGACAGUGUGGCUUGCUUUGACUGUGAUCUGAUGAGUGAUGAUCAAAAUUAGUAUCUAGCUAAAUACACAGCGGCAAAUUAUUUGAUUUCCAGGAGAAUAUCAGGUGGCAUGGGAUUUCAUAAAGGAAGUUUCAGAGUAGCAAGAGGAAGUGCAUAUAGGGUGUUGGAUUAUGCAAUUACAAAGGCCACAAACCAUAGACCAAUAUUGCCAAAGGAGAAACACGUUCGAACCAUUUUUAAUUCACUUUCUCCAUCAAUGCCUCGCAUGGAUGUCGUCUACUGCAUAUAUAGCCUUUCUAGCCGUCUACGCCAAACUCGCCCUUGGACUGUUGCUUUGAAAACACUGAUCAUUGUACAUCGAGCAAUGAGGGAACUUGACCGCACAGUUUGGGAAGAGUUUAUCAGAUACAGCCGUGAAAGAGAACACAUGCUCAAUCUUUUGUACUAUCAAGAUAAUUCAAGUUCCAAUGCAUUGGAUUUUGCUGCUUGGAUUCGUAGUUAUGCCCAUUAUCUUGACGAACGCCUGAGAUGCUAUGUCAAGUUAAACUAUGAUCCUGUGAUGUAUAGCUCAGCAGACAUGAAAUUUGAAACCCAGGACUUGCUGCAACAAUUGCCAUCCAUGCAAGAGCUUCAAUUCAGGCUUCUUGAAUGCAAGCCAAGAGGAGCAGAUUUGUACAAUCCCUUACUUCAAUAUGCCCUUUCAAUUGUUGCUAAUGAAAGUGUUAAACUUUAUGUAGCAAUAACAGUUAGAGUAGUCAAUCUUCUUGACAAGUUUUUCGAGAUGAACCAAGCCGAUGCUACUAAAGCACUUGAGAUUUAUAAAAGAUCAGCAAAUCAGGCAGAGUCUUUAGCUACUUUCUUUGAGACUUGCAGGGCAAUGGAGUUUGGGAGGGGUCAGAAAUUCAUUAGCAUUAAGAAGGCCCCUGCUUCUUUUUUGGCUACCUUGGAGGAUUAUGUUAAGGAGGCUCCAAAUAGCUUGGAACUUGACCAGCAACUGAUUACUAAAGAACAAGGUGUUACUCCAGAAGGUGAUUUGCCAAGUGACCAAAGCCAACAAGAAAAUUCAGAUCCUUCUCAAGUAAAGCAUGAGGCUGUAGCAGCACCACCAGUAGCUGACCUUCUAGGCUUGGAUGACUUGCUUACUGGAGCGUCUGAAUUUGAGAAUAAUUCCUAUGCAUUAGCAAUUGUUCCAGCAGAAAAUUCUUCAAAAGCUGAAAGUGGUGAGAAUGGAGCAAGUCAAGACACAGCAGGUUGGGAGCUUGCACUUUUUUCAGAUGAUAAUGCAGUUUCAGAGUCAGAGAGCACAUCACAGGGUGAAGGCAUCAACAAACCAGAAGGUGAAGUGAUGAUAGGAACCCAAGAGAAGGGAGGAAACCAGAAAGAUCCCUUUGGUGGUUCUGAGGACUUCGAAUUUUCAGUUCCAGAGGGCCAUGGGGCACUGUACGCUUAUCCUCCAGCUCCAUUCUUCCCUUAUCCUCCUCCUGCUUCUAACAUGCCCACCCAACAAGACAUGUCCUACAACCAGCUCUUGAUGCAGCAGUUUCAGCAGCAACCAAUUGUUAUGACCCAGAAAUCCAACAACCCCUUUGAGUAGGCAUGUAUUGUGGUGGUGCCCCAGGAAUGCUUUUUGCAGUAAUUGUAAAAUGAAAGUCAUUUGAACCUUGAAGCCUUGUGAUUGUGACACAAACACAGUAAUAUAAAUAAUUGUGACAGAAAGUAGAAGAUAUAGAUAGUAUAUGCGCUCAGACAAUCAAGGAGAAUGCCAAAAUCUUAUCAAGGUCAA